AUGCCCAGGAAGGCUCAACGCCCCUCCCCACCGCUUCUCCCCUGCCCCCAUCCUGGGACGUUCUCCUCGUCGUCCCAGCGCCGUUGCCAGCCUCCCACGAAGAAGGGCGCAGGACGAAAGGCCGGGGUGGCCGGGGUGGCCGACAGUUGCGGUGCCGGAGGAGACUGGGAGCCAGCGACUUUCCAGGCCUCAGAUCACCCGCUCGUCUGUCGUGGGCUUGUCGUGCAUCUGGGAACUUGGAAGAGCGGCUUCGGUGGUUGCUUCCGAGCUUGGGAGAAAGGCCGAGAGGUGCGGGAGCUGGGCGAGGAAUCCCGCUGCGCGGCGGGCGGGAGGCGGUGCCGCCCCUCACACCUGGAGGCGCGGGCGGCCAAUGGGCGGCUCGCUGGGGGCCGCGGCGGCCAAUGGGAAGGCGGCGCGCCGCGCCCCGGGGCUAUAAGUGCGCGGGGGUGGCUGAAAGCGAAAGUGGUGCGGCGCAGCGGGAGCAGCCCGGGCCGAGGCAGCCAGAUGCUCCGAGUCCCCGAGCCGCGGCCCGGGGAGGUGGGGGCGGCCGGCCGGAGCCCCGCGGCCGCGCCGCCGCCCCCGUCCAAGCCGCUCACCUCCUUCCUCAUCCAGGACAUCCUGCGGGACGGCGCUGGGCGGCGCGGCGGCCACGCAGCCAGCCCGCACCUCCCGAGCCAGCCCGACCCCAGAGGAGGAGGAGGAGGAGGAGGAGGCCGCGGCCGGGCACCCGACAAUGAGCUGGCCGAGGAACCCCCGGGGACCGAGCCAGCUACACCCUUGGAGACUUACGUGCUGGACUGUGAACACACUUCAGAGGCCCUCCCCAGCUUCCCUUCCACUGCCAAGCAGCCCCAGAAGCGCUCCCGAGCCGCCUUCUCCCAUACACAGGUCAUUGAGUUAGAGAGGAAGUUCAGCCACCAGAAGUACCUGUCAGCGCCCGAGAGGGCUCAUCUGGCCAAGAACCUCAAACUCACCGAGACACAAGUGAAAAUCUGGUUCCAGAACAGACGCUAUAAGACCAAGCGGAAGCAGCUGGCCACAGACCUGGGAGACCUGGAGAAGCACGCCCCGCUGCCUGUUCUGAAGGAGGAUGGCUUCUCGCAUGCCUCUGUCCUCACCACCUACAGCCGCUACCCUUACUACCCCUACCUGUACUACCUGGGGAGCUGGAGCCCAGCUCUCUGGUAGUGCCAGAUGACAGACGUGUGGCAUCACAACUGCCUUCCCCAGCUUCUGUCUCUGACAGGCCGAAGGGGUCAUGGUCAGGGAGGAUGGGCAGCCUGAGGCAU